UCUUCGUAUUGUUUACAGACGUAGCACUCCUGCUCUCUUCGGAAUAAUCGAUAGGGUUACUGCAUAGUUAAAACAUGGUUAUACUUCUGCAAUGCGUCUUACAUUCCAUAUAAUAUCAUGAAGCACUACUUUAUACAAUUGUCAAAGAGUGUGAUGAUGAUUUGUGUUUGAAUAUGGCAGACGAUGAACUCCUAGCGUUUAGGAAAAGCUGGAAACGGGAAUUAACCGACAAAAACGAAGACAAAACACAAACCGUGCGAAUAGAGACCGCGAUUUGUUCCAAAUCAAAAAGUACUUCAACUCUUAAUCAGGGAGGUGAGGGUGAUGCCAAGUGUGUCGCAGAGUCGAACGAUGAACCGAAAUAUGUGUCUAUUGCAAGUGGUUUGUUGGACGGGCGGACGAGUCCCCUAUUGGAGAGAAUUCAGGAGGAGAGGACCCGGAGGAAGAGGCAGUACCACAGAACCACUGACACCUACAGGGUGUCUUCCCAACAUCCACAGAAGAAAGCGUCUAAAGGCGAGAAGCUCGUGGAUCUACUGAUCCAGGACCUGAAUGAGCUGAAUGACAUUCCAUUUUUUGACAUUGAGCUUCCCUACGAGUUGGCCUUGAAGAUAUUCCAGUACCUGGACUUUGCUGAACUAGGACGAUGUGCUCAGGUCAGCAAGGCCUGGGCGCAGCUGGCCGAGGACGGGGUUCUGUGGUACCGUUUGUGUUUGAAGGCGGGUUACCAGUUAGAUGCCAGUGUGUGCGACUCCCCCUGCUGGAAGAGCACCCUGAGAGACUGCCUUAGCUCUCACAACACUGUGCGCUCCAACUGGAAGAGUCGUGUUGGGUCGAUCGUUCAGCUUCAGUACGAGCUGGGCAAGGUUCUGUGUGACGUCAGCUCCUGUGACAACUUUGUCUUGGCAGGGUACACCUCUGGAGACGUGCGGCUGUGGGACACGCUGCACUGGGACGCGUCAGCCUCCUACCUGAAGGCCAACAGCCUCUCCGCCAACACGGAACCCAGACCCCAGGUCACCCACGUCCAGGUCAGCAGCACGUUGGCUGCUGCGGCCUACCAAGAUGGCUGUGUUGACGUCUGGAGCACACAGACGGGUGGGCAGCCCAUCCAUCACUACCAGAGCGCCGGAGGCGGGCUCCAGGCACUGACGCUGAGCACUGACAGCUCUACGCUGGCCUCCGCCUCCGGGCGACGCGUCCGCCUGGACCACUGUGACGACCACGGCUAUUGGAGGAGCGGCUGCAGCUCCCAGCUGCCCCAGCCUGUGGACAGCCUGCUCCUGGUGCCAGACCGGCCCCCAGGGCGUCCACUGGCGGCGGCAGUGGCCGGGGACUCUGUGUACCUGCUGGAUCCCCGCGAGGCGGUGGAACCCCACGUCCUGCACUCGGUCUACGGCCACCCCGUCACCUGCCUGGCGGCCUCCUCCUCCCAGCUGGCCCUGGGGGUGAAGAGCAGCGGCUGGGCCAUGCAUGACGGAGGCAACAAGAUCCAGGUGUACAGCUUGGAGACCAGGCAGUCAGUUGUACGGGUGGGCACCUCUGAAGGGGACUUUACCUGCAUCCAUCUGAGCCACCCCCACCUGCUGGCAUGUGGAAACAAAGACAGGAGGGUGAGGCUCUUUGACCUGCGCAGCGGGUCUUCGGUGGUCUCGCUGUACGCCCACCACCUGGGUGUCACGGCGGUGCAGGCGGACGACUGGAAGAUCGUGAGCGGGGGAGACGAGGGACUGGUCUGCGUGUGGGACUCGAGGGCCGGAGCCAAGCUGUGGGAGAUGCACAACAGGCAUCCCGUUAGGCACGUGCGUUUCCAAGGCAGCAUGUUGGUGACGGCCAACAUCCCGGACGAGAAGACCCCCCGUGGGGCCUGCAUCACCGACGACGACCUCACGGCUCACCGCAGACACAGGGGAGUGAUCAGCCGCUACGACUUCUCGGAGGACGCCACCGCCCAGGACCACAUCCUGCCCAUCUGCAGGUCCAACUACGCAGAGUCCCACGGCUACAACUACAACAUCGGCCUGGCCGUGCCCUACGACACACUGCGGGGCGCCUACCCCGCCUACUAGUCUGCUUUCUAUCUUUCUAUUGAUUUUAUGUUUCAUUUUUUUAUUUUAAAACCUGCAAUGUAUUUUUAACCAUGUAACUUUAAUCUAUAAAGUACAAUUUAGGUUUCAGGAGGAUUUUGUACAUAAUUUUGUAAUUUAACAGCAGUUCAUCACAACUGUGUUGUUGAACUGGGAUUUUAAAAAGAUUGAGCUGGAUAUUAAAUCACCACACUUGGGUACAAUAAAUGUGUCUCUAACAAAAA